UUUUCCGCUUACCUCAGACAUUCCGAGGUAAUUCCUGGUUUUGGGAGACGAGUAUAAAGCUGGAGCUGGGGCUGCACUGACGGCACACGGACUUGUUAAGACUUGCUGCUUGGUGCUGUCGACUCUCUCAGGGCUCCCGAACCACUCUCACCAGUAACGCAAUGGAGGCUGCCAUCAACACCCUGGUCAACCAGUUCAAGACCUUCGCUGGGAAUGAUGGGAAGGACGAAACGCUGAGCAAGGAGGAGUUCAAGAGCCUGGUGACAUCACAGCUCCCCACCCUGGUCAAGAAUGGCAGUGACCCCGCAGUAAUCGAGGGGCUAAUGAACUCAUUGGAUCAGAACAACGACGGGGAGUUGACCUUCAUGGAAUUCUGGCAGCUGAUUGGCCGGCUGGCGAACAAGCUGGGCGGCUACAGCCAAUAGGGACUCGGAGCUUCCGGAAUGGGGCGUGACAUCGCGGUGUAUUAUUGUUGUCAUCUGUGUUCAAUUCUUUUUAUGUCAUGUAUUUGGGAUUCUAAAUAAAUAUAACUUGUGUGAAACUUUACAAA